ACUUGCUGCUGCUGCUGCUGUUGCUGCUGCUGCUGCUGCUGCUGCUGCUGCUGCUGUGAAGAGAUUGCCCAGCAUGAGGUUGUUCAAAUGGCUGACUUUCCUGGCCCACUGGGGUGUCACCUGGGCUGAACCAGGGAAGUUCUGGCACAUCUCUGACCUGCACCUCGACCCCAACUACACAGUAUCCAAAGACCCCCUCCGGGUGUGCCCAUCAGCGGGCUCCCAGCCGGUGCCCAAUGCAGGACCCUGGGGUGACUACCUCUGUGAUUCUCCUUGGGUCCUCAUCAAUUCCUCCAUCUACGCCAUGAAGGAGAUAGAGCCGGAGCCAGACUUCAUUCUCUGGACGGGUGAUGACACGCCUCACGUGCCCAAUGAGAGGCUGGGAGAGGCAGCUGUGCUGGAAAUUGUGGAGCGCCUGACCAGCCUCCUCAGGGAGGUCUUUCCAGACACUAAAGUCUACGCAGCUUUGGGAAAUCAUGACUUUCACCCUAAAAACCAGUUCCCAGCACAGAGCAACAACAUCUACAAUCAUGUAGCAGAAUUAUGGAGACCAUGGCUUAGUAACGAAUCCGUCACUCUCUUCAAAGAAGGUGCCUUCUAUUCUGAGAAGUUGCCAGGUCCGAGCAGGGCGGGGCGAAUCGUGGUCCUCAACACCAACCUGUACUACAGCAACAAUGAGCAGACAGCUGGCAUGGCUGACCCGGGCCUGCAGUUCCAGUGGCUGGAAGAUGUGCUGACCAAUGCAUCCCAGGCUGGGGAGAUGGUGUACAUUAUUGGCCACGUGCCCCCCGGCUUCUUUGAGAAGACACGGAACAAGCCGUGGUUCCGGGAGGACUUCAAUGAGGAGUACCUGAAGGUGGUCCGGAAGCACCAUAGAGUCAUAGCAGGGCAGUUCUUUGGGCACCACCAUACCGACAGCUUCCGGAUGUUCUACGAUGAUGCAGGUGCCCCCAUAAGCGUCAUGUUUCUCACGCCUGGGGUCACCCCGUGGAAAACCACAUUACCCGGAGUCGUCAACGGGGCCAAUAAUCCAGGCAUCCGGGUGUUGGAGUAUGACCGAGCCACACUGAAGCUGCAGGACAUGGUGACCUACUUCAUGAACCUAAGCCUGGCGAACUCGCAGGAAAGCCCACGCUGGGAGCUCGAGUACCGGCUGACUGAGGCCUAUGAGGUGCCAGACGCAGGCCCCCGCUCCAUGCACGCUGCGCUGAUCCGCAUCGCCACCAACCAGGGCACAUUGCAGCGCUACUACGUCUACAACUCAGUCAGCUACGACUUGGCAUCCUGUGGUGAGCCUUGCCGCACAGAGCACGUGUGUGCCAUCCAACAGGUUGCCUUCGAGGCCUAUGCCACCUGCCUACAGGCUUUCGCCACUGCGCCUGCGCCCCUGCUGCCGCUCCUGCUGGCAUCAUAUCUGGGCCUGCACGCACUGUUAGCACGGUGACUUUAGUUGUCCCCGUGCUUAGCUCGCCUUCCUCCUGGCAAAUUGGAGCAGCAUCACCCCCUCGAGACCUGGACUUCACCCCCAUUUCCCCGCAUCCGAGGGGAGUAAACUAGACUGGGACUGCCGGAUCAAGAAACGAAGCCCCAAAGACUCCUCCAGAAGCACAUUUCUUUAAAGUUUCAUGUCUUAUCCACAAAACAAUGCUCAUGGUGCAUUUUAUUCUGUACAUUAUUCCUUUUAAUAUGUAAAUGAUGUUUAAAGUG